CUACGAUCCAGACCAAACUGUGGGUACGGUUUGGACCACGAUUUUUCUAACGGUCUGGUCUAUUUUCCCAGCCCUACCCUGCGCUAUUGCGCAUUAAGAUGAACAAUCAUCAAAGCAAAUUAAAUGAAAGUGAUACGAGCAUGGAACUAAUGCGUGUAGUUACAGUCAAUCCUUCUUCAUACCUCUCACCCACUUAAGUAUCUCUUUAAAUAUCAAUCCAACAACAUUUUUUUUUCUUCAUGUCGUCUCCUCAUAUAAUUAUAUUGUUUCCUUUUCUCCUCUCCCCCUCUCUCUCUCCCACCCAUAAAAAAAAUCAACUGUCCUCGAUUAUUUGUCUGUGCUUCUUUCAUCCUCUUCUUACACAUGGACUUCAACACAAAACUGACGAGAGACGAGUUCCCUCACAUUGAUGAUCACCAUCACCAUCUCCACCAAACUCCAAUCAAUGGGUUUCUCGACUACUGCAAUGGUGCUAACAGCUUCUCCACGGAAGGAUUCCCUUCUUCUUCAUCUACCCCAUCUCGAAACAAACCAAAAUCGUGUUCGUCCGUCUUCCCAACACCACCUUCUCCUUCGAGUACCGAUCCCAUUCGAGAUCUAGCAAGGGGGUUCUCACCGUCAUCAACCAACAACAACCACCAUCACCACUACCAUUUCCAUUACCAUAGUCACGAACUGCUCAUUCCAACUCGUAACGACGAGAUCAAUUUAAACAAUGAUCCUUCCCUAAAAAGGAUCGACGAGGAUGGCACGAUGGAGAAAGAUCAAGAAAUUCAAGAGGAGCAAAGUAAUGAUGAAGAGACAUCAAUGCUAGUGAUGAAGGGGAAAGAUGGAUCAUCUUUAUCAGGGCAGCCUUCGAAGAGAUCUGCAUUCAAAGGCCAAUGGACCCUCGAAGAAGACAAAAUGCUGGUGCAAUUGGUGGGCGAGCAUGGACUCAAGAGUUGGUCUCAAAUUGCUAGGAUGCUUGGUGGCAGGAUUGGAAAACAAUGUAGAGAAAGGUGGCAUAACCAUUUGAAGCCAGAUAUCAAGAAAGAUGCAUGGAGCAAGGAAGAAGACGAGAAGCUAAUCCAGGCCCAUAUGGAGAUGGGAAACAAAUGGGCCGAAGUCGCAAAGCGAAUCCCGGGCCGGACCGAAAACAGCAUAAAGAACCACUGGAACGCCACCAAACGGCGCCAAUUCCCUUCCACCCGCCGGAACUACCGGUCCCCUGAACCCUCCGCCUCCGCCGCCGCCCUCAAGGACUACAUCCACACCGUCACCUCCCUGUCCUCUCCCAGCGUAGAGAAGAAGAUUCUCACUCCCGCGCCAUCGAAUUGGGCGAAAAAAGGCAACUUCGCCGCAGGGUCGUCGUUGUCUAGGGAAUCCGAAGCUCCUGCCACCGCCGUCAUGUACGAUCUGAACGAGGCGUCGGAGCCGCCGUUCCUUUUUACCGGCGACAGUGAUUCUGAACUCGGCAAUGUCGGAUUCGGGUCUGCUAUGGAAAUGCCGGAAUCUUCGUUUGCUGAUAAUCGUAAUGCGAAUUCAUUUGGGAUGUCGAUAGAUAGUUAUGCCGGCAGUUCGACGAUGGUGAGGCCCGGCAAGGGCGGGGAAGAGGGGGAGGAUGAGGUUUUGGGAAAGGAGAUGGAUUUUCUGAAUAUGCUGAUUCACCAGUGUUAAUUUAUUUUCUUGAAUACAGGGCAGGCAGGCCGCAGGCAAAGCAGGAGAGGAAUUAAAAUUAUAGAGGAUUAGAUUUAGGGGUGGGUGGGUCAUGAGUUGAAUUGAAAUGGAUUAUUAAGUUCGUGGAUUGUGUUUAAACUAUAUAACAAACGCCAUUGUCCAAUCUAAGAAUCAACCUAACAGUAAAUGACACCCAACAACUAGGAUCCGACUGACUCUAAUUAGAGCUGUGGUUCAUAAUUACAGCUGUUGAUGAUCCGAGCCGAGUUGAGUUUUGUCAUAGUUCGGGUUCGACUCGUUAAUAUAUUUCAAAGUCCGAGCUCGGCUUGUUUAUGAAAAUUAAUGAAAACUCGAACUCGGCUAGAGCUCGGCUCGUCAAAUAAGUUUAACAAGUCCAAAAUCGGGUUCAGCUAAUAAAAUGUUCAUAUUAGCUCAAAAUUGACCUAGAACUGAAUACAAAAUUACAUUCAAACUUGUAGCAAAGUCUAACAAAAUAAAAUACAACAUUUAUCCCAAUUUCAAUACAUAAAAUCCAUGAAUUCUAAUCCUUUCUGAUGCCAAGCCGUUAAUGGGAUGGGUUUUCCUAAUUCAUUCCAUCUCAAUUUUGACACACAUACUCAAAUACAUAUUUGUCUCAUACUUAAGUGUGAGCAUAAGUGGAUUCAGCUGAAAUCAGAUAGAAUUGAGAUAAAAUCGGGCCAAAAUAAAAGAAAAUUGAGGACGAGAACUAGACUCAAACAGGUUUGUUUCAUUUGGUUCGAUACAGUCCGAGCCAAAUUCAAUUUCGGACCACUUUUUCUGUCAUACUAACUUUUAGGACCAACAUCGAAUUGAAAUACAUUCUAUCCGAUUCGAUCCGCAACAAAUACCGAUUCGUUAA